CCUGUUCGGCUCAGUACUUGUUUGGGAGCAGCGCCCUGAACAUCAGCUCUAAAAUUUACAGUUUUUCCAAAUUAUUUUUGUAUUUUUUCCAAAAAAUUUUGUUUUAGAAUGUGUAAAUAAAACUUUUUCAAAAUUUCUGUGAUAAUGUCCAAGGCCAAUAUAAUGACUUGUGACUUUGAAAUUAAGGGAAAAAUCCCUAAAGAGGCGUUCGAGAUGUUCGCUGCGGCCCAGGCCAAGGUGUUGGGUUUGCGCGGGUACAUCACCCAGGUCUCUGAAGAGUGCUUCAAGGGUCAACUGCAGGGUGAGGGCCGUGUGAUUGAGGCCUUCAAGCAGAUGAUCCUGUCGGCCGCCGAAUACGUGGCUGCCGUCAAGGAGUUCGUCAUCAAGAACCUCAAGGCCAUCGAUGACUACACCUAUAAGACCUUCGAAGUGAAGGACAAGGGGGCAAAGUAGAAGCUCUGCGAACACCAAGCCAUGGAUCUCUAAGAAGCCGAUUAGUUACAAGUCCGUGGCAAAGAUUCGGAAGGACCAUUCAUUGAGAAAUCCAUUGGGGCGCUGCUUUGACAUUUAGUUGAAGAUAUAUAUUUUACUACCAUUUACCGGACGCAAAAUACACUCUUCCAUCCGCGAGAUUUUAAAUGCUUUGAUAAAAUGUGCAAGCUAUGUAUAUAUUUUUUAUGCAAAUAACUACACUGUGCAAUACCUGAAACUCCUAAGCCCGAGAACCCUGCCCUUCUGGAGUUUAUUUUUGUUUACCAAUUAAUACACUACACUAAUCCUGAGACGUCCAAAGCCGAUCUGGAAGCGGGUGCUUUCAGAUCCCUGGUAAAAACUCUGAGGGACACAUCCACGAAUCAAUCGGUUUGAGUUCAAUAUUAUACUACCAUACUAAAUACCAAAUAUACUGAUGGAUACCUGAGACGUUGGAUGCCUUGACAAAAUGUGCAAGGUAUACACUUUUUUAUACACAAAUACAAAUGUAUAUGCCCUCUGCUGUAACUAUUGAUUGGCCCCGAUCGAUUAGUUACGAGAAGUACUCCCAUGAAGAAUGGAAUCUACACAAAUUUCUGGUAAAGACUCUAAGAGACACAUCCAAGAAUCAAUCGGUUUGAGUUCAAUAUUAUACUACCAUACUAAAUACCAAAUAUACUGAUGGAUACCUGAGACGUUGGAUGCCUUGACAAAAUGUGCAAGGUAUACACUUUUUUAUACACAAAUACAAAUGUAUAUGCCCUCUGCUGUAACUAUUGAUUGGCCCCGAUCGAUUAGUUACGAGAAGUACUCCCAUGAAGAAUGGAAUCUACACAAAUUUCUGGUAAAGACUCUAAGAGACACAUCCAAGAAUCAAUCGGUUUGAGUUCAAUAUUAUACUACCAUACCAAAUACCAAAUAUACUGAUGGAUACCUGAGACGUUGGAUGCCUUGACAAAAUGUGCAAGGUAUACACUUUUUUAUACACAAAUACAAAUGUAUAUGCCCUCUGCUGUAACUAUUGAUUGGCCCCGAUCGAUUAGUUACGAGAAGUACUCCCAUGAAGAAUGGAAUCUACACAAAUUUCUGGUAAAAACUCUGAAGGACACAUCCACGAAUCAAUCGGUUGGAGUUCAAUAUUAUACUACCAUACUAAAUACCAAAUAUACUGAUGGAUACCUGAGACGUUGGACGCCUUGACAAAAUGUGCAAGGUAUACACUUUUUUAUACACAAAUACAAAUGUAUAUGCCCUCUGCUGUAACUAUUGAUUGGCCCCGAUCGAUAAGUUACGAGAAGUACUCCCAUGAAGAAUGGAAUCUACACAAAUUUCUGGUAAAAACUCUGAGAGACACAUCCACGAAUCAAUUGGUUGGAGUUCAAUAUUAUACUACCAUACUAAGUAUCAAAUAUACUGAUGGAUGGAUCACUGAGACGUUGAAUGCCUUGACAAAAUGUGCAAGGUAUACACUUUUUUAUACACAAAUACAAAUGUAUACGCCCGAAAACAAUGCCCUCUGCUUAAACUAUUGAUUGGCCUCGAACGAUUGGAAAAUAGAAAUCUACAAAAAAGAAAGCAAAGAAUGUACACAAAUCCCUGGUCAAGAAUCGGAAGGACCAUACACGAAUCCGUAAGCGGCAAGUCUAAUUUUUUUCUUUUGGAAAAUCGACACUGAAAAAUUCCUGAGAGGUCACAAGCUAAGGAAAGGAGAAGAUCAAGCCGAGGGAAGAUCCUGGAUACCGGUCACAACAUUGAGAUCUAUGGCAAAUAAUCCAAAGGACAGUUCAGCCAGGAGACCUGUCUGCUGAAAUCAGCCAAGAAAACUGUACAGUAUCUUUUAGCAAAGACUCCAAGUGACUCUCGAAUUAAUAAAAAAUUGUCUGUGUAUAAGAAA